AUGUUCCGCAGCCUGCUGGUGGCGGCGGCGCAGCGGCCCCCGGCCCCCCCCGGCCCCCCCCGGGCCCCGCCGCCGCCGCCGCCGCCCCCUCCGGCCCCCGGCGGCCCCGAGGCGCUGGAGGCGCAGUUCAGCUGCCCCAUCUGCCUGGAGGUCUUCCACCGCGCCGUCGGCAUCGCGGGAUGCGGGCAUACGUUCUGCGGGGAGUGCCUGCAGCCCUGCCUCCAGGUGCCGUCCCCGCUCUGCCCGCUCUGCCGCAUGCCGUUCGACCCCAAGAAGGUGGAGAAGGCCUCCAGCGUGGAGAAGCAGCUCUCGUCCUACAAAGCCCCCUGCAGAGGCUGCAGCAAAAAGGUGACCCUAGCCAAAAUGCGGUCUCACGUCUCGUCCUGUGCGAAGGUGCAGGAGCAGAUGGCCAACUGCCCCAAGUUCGUCCCCGUUGUCCCCACGUCCCAGCCUAUCCCCAGCAAUAUUCCCAAUCGCUCCACGUUCGUGUGCCCGUACUGCGGGGCCCGGAACCUGGACCAGCAGGAGCUGGUGAAGCACUGCAUGGAGAACCACCGCAACGACCCCAACAAAGUGGUGUGCCCGGUGUGCUCGGCCAUGCCCUGGGGGGACCCCAGCUACAAGAGCGCCAACUUCCUCCAGCACCUCCUCCACAGGCACAAGUUUUCCUACGACACCUUCGUGGACUACAACAUCGACGAGGAGGCAGCACUGCAGGCUGCUCUGGCUCUGUCUCUCUCCGAGAACUGAGGGCUGCUGCGGAGCUUCUCUUCGCUUCGGACCCCCCCUCACACCCCUUUUGCACACUCGACCUCCCUGCUGGGGCGGCACGGAGCUCGUGGCCCCCCCGAGACCCACCGCCUCUCUUCCCUCUUCUCUCCGGGCUGAUCCCACCUCCGUGAAGAAGGCGGAGGCGCCUCGGCAUCACGGUGGAGCGGUGAGUGAGCAGAGACGUCGCUGCCGGGAGGAGAGAGGCGUCCGUGCCGAAGGGCUGGGAUCCUUCCUCGGCUCGGCAUCUCGUAUCCGUAUCCGGAGCAUAUACCUGUACCCAGAUCUAUUUAUUAUUAGAUGCUUUUUGGCACCAUUCGUCUUCAUGCUCUUUGUUGCAGUUUGAUAGGCACGUAAAACUGCGAUGCGUUUUAUGCAGAAACGCCCUAGUUCUAAACUACACCCGUCCACGUCCUUUUCUGAAAAGGAAGAAAACAGCACGGAGCGGUUUUGUUUUUUUUUUUCAAACCCUACGAGGUUAUUUCUGGAGCCGCCGGUCUGUCCCGUCCCCCACGCUGCAGGCAGGAGGGAGCUGCCUCCUUUUCCUGCAGGACAGCCCAGGAGCAGGCUGGGCUGCAGCCCGGAGCAAGACUUUUGCCCUCGUGAGCCCCGUGGGAGCAGCGGGUUCGGAGCCGUGGACUGUCUGGACGCCCAGUGAAACUCCCAAAACUCCCACCCUCCUCGUUUUGUACCGGCUCUUGUGAUACUGCGUCCUCGCAUUUUUCUAUACGAACCGGCGCGAUGCCUUUUCCACGUUUUGUAGAGCGGGAACAGAAGCUGUUACUCUUUACACUGCAAUAUCCGUCGCCGGGGACGAGAGUUAUUUUUAUGGAACAUUAUUAAGAAAGUAUAUUUUUAAAAAAAAACAAAAAACAAAAAAGACACUCUUAAAAUGAAAACCAAACACGCUGUGGAUUUGAAAUCGGGUGGGAUGGAGGAGCUGGACCCUGGGCCCGCAGGUGGGACUCUGCCUGGGCCACGGCAAGCGUGCACGUUUCCUCCUCCGUCCCCUCCGGGCUGUCUCCGUCUGCUGGCAGCUUCUCUCUGCAGUUGGUGGUCAGCACCUCGUCGCUCAGCACCGCCAGCCCCACGGCUCCUCCACGGGAAGGGGAGCGGGCAGCGGCGUGCCGAGAGCUGCCUCGUGGAGGACAAGCAGCCCCCUUUGUGUUCUCCAAGAGCCGCUUGCUCGGCUGCAGUCCCCGAGCUGCUAACUCGUGGCCAGGCUCUGCGGGUUCUCGCCGGGCUCGGCAGCUGGAGCAGCUCUUCGUAGCUGGCUCCUGGCAGGGCUCUGGGCUCUGAGUGCUGGCGUAACGCUGAGGGCUGGAUUUCCUUCCUCUCUCUGCCAGCUGAUCUCUCAGACGCUUGUAAUUAAACAAGAAGCGCUGCUUGAGAGCCAGGAACAAGGGGCUCAGCCCGCCGGGCUUGCACAAGCUCUGCUGGGAAUCACCCAAGUUUGAUUUUUUCCUCCAAAACUGCAGCGCUACUGGAAGCCCUUGGCCACAGAGAUCGAGCGUGGCAGGAAAGGAUUUCACCGAGCGGCUUCCAGCCCCUGGCUCCUGCGGCAGCAGCACCAACCCUUGCAGGCAGGGCUGCUCUGCGAUGUCCCUGGAUGUGGCCGUGGGCGAGAUCCGGAGGGCAGCUGCGGGCUCGGUGCUGCCGGACGGUGCUGUGCCUGUCCCACGGGUGCAUGGGGACGCGGGGCUGUGUGGGAUGCCUAACGCAGAGCACCUCGUCCCCCGAAAUGGGAUUGCAGGAUUACGUGUUCCUCUCCCCGGGCAUGGGGCACAUCCGGGCGGAUGCUGAUCUGAGGGAUGUGCCGUAGCCUCCCCGUACCAAACGUGGCAGAAGGCGCCUGCAAAGCACGGUGCCAUGUCUGCGCGGUCCCUGCACGGUGCCCAGGCACCCUGCCGCCCUUUGGGGUGGCACCAACAAGGGGACCAGCCCAAGGCUCACGGGGACUUACCCAUACGGGGGCAGUGAGGUGACAUCUGCACACCUGGGCUGGGCAGUGCUCAGGAGGGCAGCAGUCCCCCACCCCGUGCACUGAAGGGGUGCUUCGGGGGACCCCAAGGUGCCUGUCCGGGGCUGCACCCCAGUGUCCUCCUAAAGGUCGGGGUGCUGCUGGGACGUGCCACUGCUGUGCCCUGGGGCUGCGGGGCGCCUGUGCCUCUGGCGUGCCCCGGGCUCGCCUGCCGUCCUCAUCCCCGCUCAGAGAAGCAUCCUUUUGUGGUUCAUCCGAGUCCUGGCUCCCUCCAGCUCUGCUCUAGCAAUACUGUCUUUUUACUAUAAGUAGUACUGAGUGUUUUGGGGUCCUCGGGCUCCUGUUUUGGGGUCGUCGGGCUCCCCUGUGCCGCUGGCAGCCCUUUGGGGCAGGCACGGAGACCGUCUGCUCCCCUGGCAGAGGGCAGCACUCACUGCCCCCGGGGAAAGGGCUGGGGCUGCUCUGCUCCCUCUCUGGAGCAGGGAGGAACGGGGUCUUCCCUUACCAGCACCGCGUCCUCAGCACCUGCCCAGCUUGGGGGCUUCCCCUGCUCCCAGUGGGACGGAGCAGGGGAGUCUGGAAGGGACCCAGCUGGGUUUCCCCGUCCCCUCUUUGGCUGGGACUCUCAGGUUAGAGGUCUCUGGUCCGUGCUGCUCUCCAUGGAGCUCUUGCUACCUGCCCUGGAGGAUUUGGGGCAGCACCCUUAAUGCCUCUGUCUCCCUCCUCCUCUUCCUUUUUGCCCCAGAAGCGUCAGAGCAGGGGCAGCAACGGCUGCUUUCGUAAAGCACCUUAAGGCUGUGCAGGCGGCUCCUGCCUCUCGCCCCCUUGGCGUGGGGCUGGGUCUGACCAUGCCGGGGCUCCGGGUGCCGCCGGGCUCCUGCUGCGCCGCCGGCUGUGCUCGUUAGUUGCUCCCCCCGACUUUUUGCAUAAGGACUAGAACUUUUAAUGAGACAUACCGGUUUUUUGAAGAAGAAGAAAAAAAGAAAAAUCAACGAUGUAUUUGUAGCAAGCCAUUUUUCUCAAUAAAGGCGGUUUCAUCCA